UCAGGAUGGCGUGUGUUUGUGUGUGGGGCUGUUACUUGCCGUGUCCGAUAGGCGGUGCUUUAGGGUUAUUAUGGUAGUAGAGGGGCGGGGCCGGAGGGACAUGAGUACGUGACGUCAGCUCCCAGUUCGCCAGCAACAGAGUGAAACAAACAUGGCGACAGAAUGGAGCGGGCAGCAAGGCUACGUUCUAACUCUUAUCGUUUUCCUUUGGAGUGCAGUCGGGGGACGCACCGAAACAGCCACGUCGAGUGUCAGCAACAGCGGGACCCAGGUGCUCGGUAUGCGGCUGGAGAGGAGCGACAAACCGGCUACAACCACUGACGACGGGGUCAUACAGGUAACGGAGGAGAGCACAGUGCAGCUCCGGUUCUACGGUGUGCAGCUCAACUCGGGCACCUGGGCGCAGAUCCGCUUCACGGAACGAGGGGAUGGGAGCGAUGAGGGGGGGGACAAUAACAUUGAUGACACACCUAACAGGACUUGUGUUGAUUUCACCAAAGACUUCAGCAUCGCGACCUACAUGAACAUCAGUAGCCGGGGGACCACAGGGGUACUCAGCAUAAACAUUAAACCCCUUCGUAAGAGUGAGCCGCACAAGGAGUAUGGGUUGUGCAUCAAGAGUUUGGCCAAUGGCAGGUGGGCUCUGCUCGGUGAUAGCGACGGGAGACUCCGGGUGGUAGAGGGGGAGAAAACUCUCCUCCCCCUGUGGUUCCAGAUCAUCCUUAUCUGUUGUCUGUUGGUGCUGUCUGGUAUGUUCAGCGGGCUGAACCUGGGGCUCAUGGCUCUGGACCCCAUGGAGCUCCGUAUAGUCCAGAGCUGUGGUUCAGAGAAGGAAAAGAAAUAUGCCCGCAAAAUUGAGCCCAUUCGCAGUAAGGGGAACUACCUUCUCUGCUCGCUGCUGCUUGGCAAUGUCCUGGUCAACACCACACUCACCAUCCUCCUGGACGACUUAAUAGGCUCUGGGCUGGGCGCUGUGGUCGCCUCCACAGUGGGUAUCGUGAUUUUCGGCGAGAUUGUCCCUCAGGCGCUGUGCUCUCGCCACGGUCUUGCGGUGGGCGCCAACACCAUCCAGGUGACCAAGUUCUUCAUGUUGCUCACCUUCCCCCUCUCCUUCCCUGUCAGCAAGCUCCUAGACGUGCUCCUAGGCCAGGAGAUCGGCACUGUGUAUAACCGCGAGAAGCUGGUGGAGAUGCUCAGGGUGACAGAACCGUACAACGACCUGGUCAAAGAGGAGCUCAACAUGAUCCAAGGAGCUCUGGAACUCCGGAGUAAGACGGUUGAGAGCGUGAUGACUCCGUUGGCACACUGUUUCAUGAUCCAGAAUGACGCGGUCCUCGACUUCAACACCAUGUCAGAGAUCAUGGAGAGCGGCUACACGCGCAUCCCCGUGUUCGACGACGAGCGCUCCAACAUCGUGGACAUCCUGUACGUGAAGGACCUGGCGUUCGUGGACCCAGACGAUUGCACCACGCUGAAGACCAUCACAAAGUUCUACAACCACCCGGUCCACUUUGUGUUCCACGACACUCGACUGGACUCCAUGCUGGAGGAGUUCAAGAAAGGUAAAUCCCACCUGGCCAUCGUUCAGAAGGUGAACAACGAGGGGGAGGGGGAUCCCUUCUACGAGGUGCUGGGAUUGGUCACCUUGGAGGACGUAAUCGAGGAGAUCAUCAAAUCAGAGAUCCUGGAUGAGUCCGACCUUUAUACUGACAAUAGGAACAGAAAGAAGGUGGACCCUAACAAGAGAACGCGUGACUUCUCUGCUUUUAAACACACGGAGAACGAGUGCAAGGUGAAGAUCUCUCCCCAGUUGAUGCUGGCUGCGCAUCGCUUCCUGGCUACAGAGGUGAGUCUGUUCAGUCCCUGUCAGGUCACUGAGAAGGUGUUACUGAGGAUCCUGAGGCACCCUGAUGUCAUCCAGGAGAUCAAAUUCAAUGACAGCGACAAGCGAUCCGCUCUACACUACAUCUACCAGAGAGGCAAACCUGUCGACUACUUCAUACUCAUACUGCAGGGGCGUGUGGAGGUGGAGGCUGGAAACGAGAACAUGAAGUUUGAGACAGGACCCUUCUCCUACUAUGGAGUCAUGGCUCUUAGCUCACCAUCACUGGCCGUAACUCCCCCUCUCUCCCCAUCAGUGGCGUCCCCUCCUCCACGACGUCUCUCUUUAAAGAGAUUCUCUCUGUUCUCUCGCUUCCCAGAGUUCCGUUCUCCUACUCACGCGAGUGGUCUGAACCGCUCGGCGUCGCUAAGCUGCACUGAGCGUGGCGCUUCCGGAGAAUGCGGCUCAGUAACUGCUAGCAACACGCAGCUCACCGCCUGCCAGUACACACCAGACUUCUACGUACGGGCUCUCACUGACCUGCAAUAUGUCAAGAUCACUCGUUCUCAGUACCAGAAUGGUCUGCUGGCGUCGAGGCUGGACAGCACCCCCCAGUCCCCCGAGGGCAGCCACCCCCGUCUGGACAGCACCUCUGCUCUCCCGCUCCCCAUCACCCCACCAGCCCCUCCCCGUACCCCCCUCCCCCUGGCCACCACACCUUUCAAGCGCCCCCUUGCUCUCCCCCAACCCACCCCCCCUCCCACCAACCGUACCCCCUUACCCCAAACCACCACUCCCACUCAAGUCAACCCCCGCCCGGCCCUGCCCCUAUCCACCCCUCCUCCCACCAAAGGCACCCCUCUUCCUCAAACACCUCCUCCUCCCUCCUCGGGUGCACGCACCACUCACCCGCCUCCGCCCUCCACCUCCUCUCUCCCCCACCCACCUCUUCCCUGCACCUCUCUCCCCCCCAAAUCCCCCUCUUCCGCGAGGCCAGGGGGGGAGAACGGGCCGGGUGAGAAGACCUCUCUGCUCUCUGAGCAGCCGCAAAACUGCGUAAGCGGCACACGCAGGCCCAGCUACCCACAAACACACACACAACACCCUCACACACACCAACACCUACACACACAUGUGCACACCAUCAGUCACGCACACACAGAGAGCACCAUCUGACAACAACCCCUGUGGGGGGAUGGGGGGGUUGUUAAGAUUUGUAAAAAAUGAAUGCACACACAAGUUUUGUUGGCCGUGGACUGACUACCCCUGGAGCACUGGAAGAUUCUAAGGUGCAUUGUGGGAAUCCUCAUGUCUCUGUCCUCCUAUCCGCCCACCUACCUCUCAAGAUGGGGUGAAGAGAGAGAGAGAGAGACGGGGAACACUGGUGCAUUACACACUUGUGCAGAGGUCCUUGUGUGUGAUGUAUCUCGUCUCAGUCAUACGGUUCAGUGCGUGUGUAUGCAAUGUGUGUUUGCCAGUUUUACGGUGGCUGCAGGCACAGUCUGGGAUCAGCUUUGUUGGUGGGGAGGACGGGGGAGGAGGGUUGAGGAGGGGGAGAUAGACCACCACGUAUAGCAUGUUUAUAAUAUGUGUUGAUUCUCUGCACUUCGGUUGUCGGUAUAAAUAAAUAUAGAAAUAUGACCUGUAGUGACAGCAAAAUAUGUUUUUAAAGAGAAAUGUAGUGAUAUUUAGAGAUUCAUGCAUUUUUAGCUUAGUGUUCACUGUGAAUUCUCACCUACACGCACCUGGGUUCUCUAAAACACUUCCUGACUUCCUGUACCACUCCCCUCCCACAUGCUCCGUUUCCAUGGAAAUGACAUUCAACCCCCCCCGAACACAAAUGGAACAUUCUCAGGAGGGAUUUCUAGAAUCUUGGUUUAUUUUUUUGUUUAUUUUUGGUGUCUGUUCUUUAUUUCUUGCAAAUAUGGCAAUUUCCAAAAAAACUUUAGUAUUAGGGGAUUGUUGAGUUUGGAGCCUGUUGACACGGGCUCGACAGGAGUGUAGCGGUUUGUGUGUGUACCUCCUGAGCUGUCUCUCAUUUCGGAAAGUUUAUGAAAUGAAACAGCCAUACAAGUGGUUGAUCACAGGCCUACCAAGCUGGGGUGGAGGGCGGGGUUGCUGGAGGGGAGGAGUUGGCUGGCUAAUUGACUGACGGGUGGGUUUGUUUACCAUGAACCCACCUCCUAACCAGAGAUGUGAAGUAUAUUAUAUGAUUAAUUAUUUAAAUAUGAAUAUAUUUAUUUUGCAUUACAGAUUACUUUUGUAUGUAUUUUGAGAUUUAUUUGAUGUCAAUGUUUUAUAUUCUAUCGAUUUUGUUUUUCUUUUGUUGAAGACUUUCAAAACUCCAUGUACUGUGACUGAUGACACUGACACUCCUGAACAGAGACUUUGCUACUGUACUGCAACCAACUCCCCCAGAACCUACAAACUCUCAAACACACCUAACUGAACAGAGCUCAAUUCAACUAUGAUACUAGCUCCUCUUUCUUUUUGUAUUAUUGUAUAAUUUCCCUAUGAUAUUAGCUCAGCUUCCUAUUUGUGAACAUGGCUCAAUUCAACUACAGUACUAGCUACUUUUCCUGUUUGUAUAAUUUCACAUAAUAAGCAGUGGACUAGCAUUUGGGUGGCUGAGACACUGUGGUUUAACAUGAUUGGUUGCUUUGGAGUGAUGUCACGAGUGUUAUUGUGUGAUGUCACAAUGGAAUCUAGAAGUCACUGUUUUCAGGGGUGAUGUCACUAUGGAGUUAAAAAUUCCACUUUGUGAUGCCACAAUGGAGUUGAGUUCAGAGUUUGUGUGACGUCACAGUGGAGUUUAGAAUUGAGUUGUACUGUUUGAUGAUACAAUCAGUGAGGGGUUGUUGCCACUGCUAAUGACACGACAUGGAAAAAAGGCACGCCACCACCACCACAAUGUUCCCUUACCAUUUACAUUGUAGGUACUCCAAAAAGACAUUCCAAAACAGGAGAUCCACAAUUGACCCUUCAGAUUCAAUCUGAUGUAGGAUUUAUUGUGUGUAUAAAUGAAACUGUUACACGCACUGUGCCCUGCCGUGCUGUCUUAGAGAUUACUACGUGUUUCCCUCACCAUGCAUUCUCUCUGGAUGGAGGGCAGACCAGACAUAUAAUGCUGCUAGCAUCUACCUAUCUUGAUCCCUAGAAAUAUAUUAUGAAGUAACUCAAGCAACGGUCGACAUGAAGAAAGAAAAUGUACACAUACAAAUGUAUUUCUAAGUAAAUACUUACCACUGGUAAGAAAAUCACUUUAGAACAACGAGGUAGAACUGAGUAUUUAUUCCAAAGAAUUUCUGUAAGAUCUGUUCCACAGGGAAAAGUUCCUACCUGAAUUUUAAGAGUAUAUCCCCUCCUUAGAAUUGGAAUGAAUAGAACGGACACACACCCCUCAGUACAGGGUAUUGAAUGGGGUCGGCCAUUCUAGGAUUUCUAAGUCUAUGGUUGGUGCAGCCUUAACACACUACUACUACACAAAAACCCUAGACCUGACUGCUGGUUCACAUAGGUCACUUCAUAGCAUUGGUCCUUACUGGUUCCGUUACACCACUGGUCUAGUUCUCAGUCUAGCCACUGGUUGGCUGCGAGGCUCCUAGUCUGUACUGAGAACGGUCAGAUUAUGAAAGCGUUGUUCGACUACUUAGAAAUGUUGUAUUUAUUUGAAAGAAUAUUAUUACUUGUCAUUUUUGUGCUGUGUUCUCUCAUGUGAAACAUGCUUUCAUUUGUGACAGACAAUCAUGUCUGUCAACGGGUUACUGGGACGGAGGAAGAGAUUUGUUAUAUAUUUCCUGCUUGUACUAUGUUACUGUGAAUACUACUGUAUAUUGUGAAGAAAUUGGCAUUUGUCUACUAUAUUAUCUGUGAUGGGAGUGAGAGGGGGAUGCCUAUAUGGAACACGUAUAAAGUAGGCUCUGUGAGAAUACUUACUGGAUAUAAGAACUUUUAUCUCCUUCGACUAAGACAUUUUACUUGGAAGAUAUUGAAUUAGCAAUAAAAACAUUGCUCUGUUUUGACCUCAAAGAACAUUUCUACCUUUCUCUCAAAUUCAUUUUUCCCCCAUUGAAGUAGCAUGUAGUAGCAUUCUGACCAUGAUUUAUUGCAGCACUGUGCUAAUGUAGCUGUUAGCUUAUGUUAUGUGCUAAUGUAGCUGUUAGCUUAUGUUAUGUCUGGCUAGACUGAACUACCUUGCUCUUCACUAGCACUCCUCCUUUCCCUCAUCUCCUUUCCUUUUCCAUUCUUCCUUCCUCUCCUCUUCCUCCCUACUCUGCUACUUUCCUUACCCUCUCCCCCAGCUCCUCUCCCCUCACACCCCCACUUCUUCUCCUCUCCUGCCGGUCAUGUUAUAUUGAAAUUCCUUGACUGCUGGUCUGAACAGUCUUAUAAGCUCUUUUUAAUGUCCAGAUCCUUCUAGCUGGUGGGUGGUUCCUGGCGGGAGGGCGAGGCUUAACUGGCAGCCAGGCUCUGCUCUGCCGUGUUGUUAGCUCAGUGCCCCAGUGUGAUUAUUCGACCUAAACAAGGAGGGUUUAAGAUUUCUGGUGCUGUAUUCUCAACCAGGGACAGCUUUUCCACUGUGUAGACAAAGGGAUGCCAUACUAGCCUGGUCCCAGAUCUGUUUGGGCUCUCGGCCAACUACUAUUUGACCAUAUAGGAGAUGGCACAAACAGAUCUGGGUUCAAGCUGGUGCCAUACUGCUAGCUUGGGAACCAGAACCCUACAAUGGAGUAGAAUAGAACACUGUCCUCCACGAAGGAUGUUUUUUUUUGUGUGUGCAUGGAAUUAGAAUGAGUUCAAUGAUUAUAAACACUAGUCUAAUACAGGUUACUCAGACAGAGAUAAGACCAGUAGUCCAGUGUCAGCCCCAUAUGUAAAAACACACACUGAACAGUCUGACAGACUAGGGGUCUGGCCUCCAGGUACACACACUAAUCUCUUUAUCUCUGCUUGAGUCUUCCACAAGAAGCUGGUCAGUGAUGAAGUUCUGAAGGUUAGAUUUAUUUAUUACUUAAAGUUCGGGUUUGGAGUGCUUGUUUUCAACAACUAUGACUUUCAUGUUUAAUGACUGAUCAGCGGUAAGUUCUGUGGUAGAGACUGAUGUUUUUCCUCUCUGUUAUUUUCUUUUUUGGAGGGGGAUGUUGAUUGAAGAGUAAAUGCCUGUAACUUCAUCUUACCCCUGGGUUGUUUAACUUAAAGCAAAGUGUACAUACUGUUUUAUAAUGACUUUGGAGGGAGCUGUGAAGAAGUCAACAUGGGGUUAAUAAACCUGAUUAUAUUUCUCUACGUAAA